UGGUGGGGCCCGGCCCGGCCCAGCCCAGCCCAGCCCAGCCUCGCGCUCGGCUCGGCUCGCCCGCCCGCCCGGGCAGGGCCGCUAUUUGGACAGCACACAAUUCCUUUGGUCAGCCUGCUCCGCUCCGCCGUGCCGUCGCCAGUGUCGCGGCUGUCCCUGUCAGACGGCUUGGCCAAGCCGUAGUUGCCCCCAGGCCGACCGGCGGACCUGGCGGAUGGACACCGGCUAGCAAAGUGUUGCCACACCGAGCCCGGGCGAACCACCCCGCGUACCCCAGCCCGGCCUUGUCAGACCCCGCAGAGGCGAGAGUCAGCUCCAGCGGACUUCCCUCCAGCUUCUGCAGCUCCAGCGCCACGCCAGGCUGAGGCCGGGCCGGCCGCCCGGCCGAGGUCGUCGAGGCCGUCGCGGCCGUCAAUACCCCGACGCGCGCGGCGGGGCGGACACGAGACGAUUUGCAACACGCUCCUGCCCGCGAGAAAAGAAGAUGACUCCUCGUCGCCCCCUCGCUGCAAGGGCUGACAAGUAGACCGGCUGCCGCCCUAGCCUACCCCACCCCGCCCAACCCCGGCCCGGCGCUGGCAGCAACGACACUAUGAAUGAACCUGUGACGUAACGCGUUACGCGCCGACCAAAAUAUUUUCAAGUGAGUUGUGUCGGUGCCAUGCCGGGCUGGUGGGCCCGGGCGGGCCUGGUGGGGUACGCCUAAUGACGCCUAGCCGGGCCGGCGUGUCAACUCGAGAGCCGUCGCGCCGCCGGGCAGGAUCGUGGUGCGCGCCGCGGGAGGCGCCUCGUUGAGGCCCGGGCUCGCCGCGCCGCGCCCUGGGAGGACGCGGACGUCGUCUUGAUGCCGGACAAGCGGAGCUCCUCGGCUCCUCGGCACGAGCAUCCCCCCGGCAAGCCGGCCGCGCCCCUACAGCCCUCCGCCGGGGAGGCCGCCAUGACCGCGCCGCGGAGGACGCAGCCCGCGCAGCCGCCGGGGUCGGCGAGGGCCGAGGCCAAGCCGGCGGAGCCCAGGCGGCUGAGCAGGCCCCCGGCCCCCGCCGACUCCAUGGAGAGCGUCGUGCACAACCGGAGGCUCGCCCGCAAGGCCUCCGUCACCCGGGACGGCCCGCGACCCCACAAGAGGCCCACGCCCGAGCGCUCGCCGCGACCCACCUCGCCGCCGGCCAAAGGCGAGAAGGGUAAGAAAUCAGAGCCCACGGAGAGGAGGAGCGACGCGACCUCACGGCCGAGCUCGCCUCUUGCCGUUCUUGAAAUGGUGAAGGCCGUAGCGGAAGCCGUGACCAAACCUACGAAAUCCAACGACCAGGCGCCUGUUCGAGCCCCAACAACAGCGCCAUCCAGGCCCACCUCGCCGCCCCCUAGCGCAGAUCCUGGGAGGAGGAAGGCCACCCCGGGCACCACCGCCGACCUCCGUGACACGCGAGCCAAAUCUGUGGAGCGCAGGUCCGCGGACGUCGGCGGGCCGGCACCCAAGCCCAGCAGGGCUUCGGUGAGGAAGCUGGCAGUCGGAGCCCUGGAAGGCAACAUACCCGUCACGCCCCAGGGGACUCCGCAGGGUGGCGAGAAGGUGCGUCGGCUCCAGGCGUCGGCCACCCUGCCUAGCGCCGACCCUCCCGACGACAUGGCGGCGCCGUCGAGGCCCACCUCCCCGGUUGGCAGGUCCGUCGCGUCGGCUUUGCGGUCCACCCUCCGCAGGGUUGCCACGGUCCGCGCAAAGUCCCCACCGCAAGCGAAGUCCCCGGCCGCGGCUAAGUCUCAGCCCCUAGUAAAGCCGCCGCCACCACCGCCGCAGGAGAAUGGGUCAGUGCCAGAGGCCGCUUCGGCGAGCUCCGGAUCCCCGUCAGCCGCACCCACCCCGCCUUCUCCGCCAUCCACGCCCACGAGCGCGCCGACCACUGCACCCCUGGCUGCUGCCGCCACCGCGACGCUAGCCAGGAGGCUCACACUGACCAGGGAAGGGACGUGGGGCGACCUGAAGGCCCUGACGAGAACGGUGGCGAGCAGCGUGCUGGACCGAAGGCACGCCACCAAAACUCGAUCUAAAGACUUGUUGCCUGCCAUACAGGCGGGGGAGUCUACUGCCACCCCACCCACCACCACCAGCUCCACCACUACCACUGCCACCACCACAACUGCCGCUACCCCUAGUAGUGCAACAGGCACUCCCGACUCCGCCGGAACUCCGACCGCUGCCAGCGUCACUUCGAGCGCGCCCUCCGCCCUGAGGGCACUCACUAGGACGGUGACCAGCAGCGUGCUUGAAAGGAAAAAUGCCACCAGGUCCAAAUCCAAGGACCUCCUCGCCGCCAUCACUGCUGCAACGGAGUCCGUCCUUUUGCCAAGCAUAGGCGCCGCUUCUACCGGCAACAACGGCUCUUCCGCCAACCGGACACCGCCCGAACUUAACGUCAGCAAGAACCCCACGACCCCCGUGUCGCUCGCCACGUUGACCCCCACUGAGAGCCCCCGGAGUCCACCCCAGGCCGAGUCCAGCGCCCCGCAAGCUGCCCCGCCGGCCCGGCCCGCGGGCAAGGCUGACAAGGCCGUGUCCUCCAAGCGUUUCACCCUGAGGAUGCCGGGCAUGAAGCGGCCCGCUAGCCCGCCGCCGUCGGUCCAGGGCAAGCAGGCCACGGGGCCCGCAGGUCCGGCAGGACGUGGAGGACCCGCAGGGCUAGCAGGGCGUGCCGAGGGUGCGCUGCCCACCAGCCCCCCGCUACCACUGCCGGCCAAACAGGCCACGGGGCCCACCCAUCCCGCAGGUCCAGGAGGACGAGGAGGACCCGCGGGACCAGCAGGACUCGCAGGGCGUGCCGAGGGUGCGCUGUCCAACAGCGCGCCUGCGGUGGACGUCCUCCCUGACGUGAGUCCUGCAGAAGGUUCCGUGCCCGCGCAGGCUGGUGCGACUGCCACAGCUGCAGGUCCUGCCGGACCCGCCGGACGCGACACCUCCAAACGCUUCACCCUGAAGCUCUCUCCGGGCAGCAGUCGCAGCCCCAGCCCUGAGCGGGGGUUCAGGGAGCGCGCCCGUCAGGUAAGGAGUACCUGCAGUUCUCAUGGCGGGCCUAGAUGGGUCGCCGCUGAUGUGCAGGGUCGCGCCAUCCGGGGCCGCAGGGGUGCCAUACGUCACCAGAAGGUGCACGAAGUCAAGGGACAUCGCUUCGUCGCCAAAUUCUUCCGUCAACCUACAUUCUGUGCAUUUUGCAAGGACUUCCUAUGGGGCUUUGGGAAACAAGGAUACCAGUGUCAAUGUAAGUAUAGAGGCAGCUGCUCGCAGCGGUGA